AACGAUUUCUAGUAGGUAGUAAAUUGGUUCUUGAAUCGAAAUAACAGCAACAUUUUUCCAGGCUGAGAGGAUGUAUAAAGCAUCAUCUUCAUCAUCGUCAAAGCUGAUGAUGAUCAGGAACAUGUAUCAGUCCAUUUCAUCAAAUCCAUCGCUCCAUAAUGCCACUUCAAGCGCCGGCGCCGGCGUAGGCUUAUCGCAAUUCGUCGUUCGCAAUAAGGGAUUUCUGCAAACCCCAGUUUCUCCAGCUACAUGGUUGUCACAUAGACCGCAUUUCUCUUCGUCCCCGUUUCCCAAGUUUCCCCUAAAUCCUAGUCGGGAACUAUACACAGGUGGAAAAUUGGCUGCCGCGAGGAGUGGAUUAGGGUUGAGGUGGUUUUCAAUGAAGGGUUUCGAUCUGGGAUCGAAGAUGAGUGUGGGGAAGUCGGGGUCGAAUCCUUUGAAGCAGAUUUUUUCGAGGUACAGGGAAGCGGUGGGCUUGCAGAUGGAGGCAUUCUGGAAGAGGAAUUCUUUGGUGUUGUUUGGUGCAUUUGGGGUUUUGAUUUGCGUUUUGCUUUGGAGGGUUUUGUUUGGGGUUGCCAACACGUUCGUUGGCCUUUCCGAAGGCAUGGCUAAGUAUGGCUUCCUUGCUCUUUCCACUGCCAUUGUAGCAUUUGCUGGAUUGUAUCUACGAUCACGAUUCACAAUCAAUCCAGAUAAAGCUUAUAGAAUGGCCAUGAGAAGGCUCAAUACAUCUGCUGGAAUUCUCGAAGUUAUGGGUGCUCCUUUGGCAGGGACAGACCUUAGAGCAUAUGUGAUGUCAGGGGGUGGCUUGACACUCAAGAACUUCAAGCCACGGUAUAGAGGCAAAAGAUGUUUUCUGAUUUUCCCUAUACGAGGCUCUGAGAGGAAAGGCUUGGUGAGCGUUGAAGUCAAGAAGAAGAAAGGCCAGUACGACAUGAAGUUAUUGGCAGUGGACAUACCAAUGGCCAGCGGGCCAGACCAGCGACUAUUUCUGAUUGGGGAUGAAGAAGAGUACAGAGUUGGUGGUGGUUUGAUCUCCGAGCUUAGAGACCCAGUCGUUAAAGCCAUGGCAGCAAGCAAGGAGUUUGAAGAUCUUGAUGAGAUGGAGGAUGAAGAGGACGAGGAGAGGGAGCGACAGGAAGCUGAAGAACGACACCGAGAAGAAAUUGAAAAGCUAGAAAAACGUGACUCGUGAUGGGAUUGAACCCAAGGUUGGUUUGGUUUGGUUGGUUGGUUCAUAAUUUGUUUCGCCACAUUUCGCUUUCACAUAGUUCUUCUUCAUAACUUGUGUUUGUGCCAUGAAAAACUAUCAAAAGGAAGAGAGAAAAAAAACACUGGUGCAUGAGUUUGUUUUUGUGUUGAAUCAUAAUUUUCUCCCCUCUCCCGCUGAAGUGCUAGGAAAUGUACGGAUUCGAAAUUGACUACUUGAAGAGCUAGAAAAUGAAAAUAUCAUAUUCAC